GCGGACACGCUUGGCAGUUUCCAACAGAAAAAGGGGGGUAAUCUUGUACUCUUUUAGACAGCUCCCCCCUUCCUUCGAUCGUCUUUUUUCUGUGGAUUUCUACUUUUUCCCUUGAAAGUUUUUAUGCUGUUAGUUUUACUUUAAGGGAGAUUUUUGCCGCGCACGUUUUCCGGACAUGUCUUUCCCUCAGCUGGGGUUCCCCCAGUUUCUCGGUAACUCCCAUGAGGUGUACGGGAGCGAGCGGCCGGCCUCUGCCCGGGAGCGAGGCACCGAGGGCGGCGUGAGCUCCGCUUCAGCUGCCGCGGCUGUCGGAUCUAUGUUGGGGAUGUACGGAAGCCCGUGGGCUCAGAACUACAGCGCUUUCCUGCCGUACAGCGGAGCCGCAGACCUCGCCCUCAUAUCCCAGAUGGGCCCCCAGUACGAGCUGAAGGAGAGUCCGGGCUCCCACCCAGCCUCGUUGCCGGUGCAUGCCGCUCAGAGUUUCUACCCAUACGGCCAGUAUCCCUACGGAGACCCGUCCCGAGCCAAGACGGCCACCAGGGAGACCACCAGCACCCUGAAGGCCUGGCUGCAGGAGCACCAGAAGAACCCCUACCCCACCAAAGGCGAAAAGAUCAUGCUCGCCAUCAUCACAAGGAUGACCCUCACACAGGUAUCGACUUGGUUCGCAAACGCGCGCAGACGCCUAAAAAAGGAGAACAAGGUGACGUGGGGCCGCAGCGCAGAGGACCGAGACGGGCGCAUCUUCAGCAGCGACAACGAGGACGAUCACGGCAAGAACGGGAGCGACGACGAGGACGAAGAGGAGGAGAUAGAUUUGGAAACUGUCGACAUCGACAGGCCCGAGGAGCAGCGAGCAGUGGAGCAGGACUCCGGGAGAGGGGAGGGGGAGACGGGCCUGUCCGUCCUGGUGCAGGCCUCGGAGUCCCGGAGCUCGGAGAGCAGUCGGACGCUUUCUGUGGAGGCGGGGGGAGUCAAGCUGGCGGUGGAGCGUUCUCCGGGCAUGCAGGAAUGUCAGAGAGCGCCGCAAAGCAAACCGAAAAUCUGGUCUCUGGCUGAGACCGCCACGGCCCCAGACAGCUCGCACAAAUCUCCCCACGCGGCCUACGCGCAACACGCGGCUUUGGCCUCCGCCAGCCACCCGGCCUUACUCCCGGGUCACGGAAUAUACACGUGUCAGAUCGGUAAACUGCACAGCUGGGCCAACGCGGCUCUGUUGAACGCCAACUCCAUCCUGAACAUGAGAUCUCUCUUUGGCGGAGCGCCGGCCGGACACCUGCCUCUCCAAGGUGCGGUGCCGGCUGCGCGUCAGGCUGCAGCCGCUGGCGCGUCGGGGACAGAGGACGACAGUGACGUAGAGUCCACGGGAAGCUUGAGUCCAAAAAGAGAAGAUGAGGAUCGGGACCGCAGGCCUGAGUCCAUGAGGUCUCCCUUCCAGCUGAUAACUGAAAGACCUCACCAUGGAACAGCACCGCAGCGAGUUCUCACAACACCAUUAUGAGAAGAUGAAGAAAAAAAAACUUUUAUCACAAAAAGAAGAAAAUAUAAUUUUAUUUAAUGCAACAGUUAAAUGAAGGUUAUUUUUUCUGAAUGGGCGACCAGUCAUAGUAUUAGCUUCUACAUGCAAACAGGUGGUUGUUUUCAUCCCAGAUCUGCUUGUAUCUCUCUCUUUUACGUGUUUUCUGUUGUUUUCUUCUGUUUUUCUUCAGAUAUUCUGUUGUGAAUGGAAACUUUUAAAAUUGUAAAUACAGGAUAUGAAUUUGUCUUCAAAGAAUAUAUUUUUGUGAACAAAAUAAAUGUCGAUAUAAUCAUUUAUUACUGAAAA